AUGAACCAGAUCUCCCUUCGUUCUGAGCGAGUUGUGCAAACCUCGGGCUUUGGCGCGAAUCAAACAGAGCCUGAGGUUUUGGCGCGAAUCAGUCGAGCAAAUCUUGUACGAGCUGAGUGCCGCCGCUACGCGGCGGGAAAGAAUGAAAGUCGUUCCUUGUGUUUUGCCUCCGUUCCGCUCGCUACGGCUCGCUUCACUACUCGCAUGGUAGGCUGGCAGAUUGUGGCUCAGGCGGGCCCAUAGGCCCGCAGGGUUGCAGAAGGUGUCGAUUUGGGCCGCCUCGCUGCGCUCGGCAGCUUUUAGGCCAAUCGGGGCCACCUUCGCUGCGCUCGGCAGCCAGUAGAAAUAUUUAAAUUAUUUUAUCCAAUGAU